GGAUGAGUCAUCCCGCUUAAUUCCUCCUUCCCGGGCCCCCCUUGCCUCCGCACGCCGGCCCCCUCCCGAGAUCCUGCCGCCGGGAGCGAGCAAGACGGCUAAGAAUCUGCUCCUCCUCAAGACUUCACCGAGCCCCCGGAGGCCUGCGGUGCAGAGAGACAGGCAGGAGUUACGGUCAAUGAGAUCUCCGCUCUCUCGCCAUCUAUCCAAUGAGCUUCGGCUCCAGGGUGGGCGGGUCUAGAAGGUCCAGAGGGGGCGGGCCUCGGCCAGCGCUCGGCGCGGCAGCUCCGCAGCUCACACAGGGAGCGCGUUGCAGGGAGUAGGCGCCAGGGGGACGCGGGAAGGCGCCUCCGCCGCCGCCGCCGCCGCUGGCCAAGGUGCUGGACACGACAGGCCCGCCGGCCACCCCAGCAGCGCAGGCAUCCGCGGCUGCAGCUGCUGCAGCCUUGCAUUCCGCCAGGGCCCCAUGGAAGAGAUGGAGGAAGAGUUGAAAUGCCCCGUGUGCGGCUCCUUCUACCGGGAGCCCAUCAUCCUGCCCUGCUCCCACAAUCUGUGCCAGGCGUGCGCCCGCAACAUCCUGGUGCAGACCCCGGAAUCGGAGUCGCCCCAAAGCCGCCGGGCCUCGGGCUCUGGAGUCUCCGACUAUGACUACCUGGACCUGGACAAGAUGAGCCUGUACAGCGAGGCGGAUAGCGGCUACGGCUCCUACGGGGGCUUCGCCAGCGCCCCCACCACCCCGUGCCAGAAGUCCCCCAACGGCGUCCGCGUGUUUCCCCCGGCCAUGCCGCCACCGCCUACCCACCUGUCACCGGCCCUGGCCCCGGUGCCUCGCAACUCCUGUAUCACCUGUCCCCAGUGUCACCGCAGCCUCAUCCUGGACGACCGGGGGCUCCGCGGCUUCCCUAAGAACCGCGUCUUGGAAGGGGUCAUUGACCGCUACCAGCAGAGCAAAGCCGCGGCCCUCAAGUGCCAGCUGUGCGAGAAGGCGCCCAAGGAGGCCACCGUCAUGUGUGAACAGUGCGAUGUCUUCUACUGCGACCCAUGUCGCCUGCGCUGUCACCCGCCCCGGGGACCCCUGGCCAAGCACCGCCUGGUGCCCCCGGCCCAGGGCCGCGUGAGCCGGAGGCUAAGCCCGCGCAAGGUCUCCACCUGCACCGACCACGAGCUGGAGAACCACAGCAUGUACUGCGUGCAAUGCAAGAUGCCCGUGUGCUACCAGUGCCUGGAGGAGGGCAAACACUCCAGCCACGAAGUCAAGGCCCUGGGGGCCAUGUGGAAACUGCACAAGAGCCAGCUUUCCCAGGCCCUGAAUGGACUUUCUGACAGGGCCAAAGAGGCCAAGGAGUUUCUGGUGCAACUCCGCAACAUGGUCCAGCAAAUCCAGGAGAACAGCGUGGAGUUUGAGGCCUGUCUGGUGGCCCAGUGCGACGCCCUCAUUGAUGCCCUCAAUAGAAGGAAAGCACAAUUGCUGGCCCGGGUCAACAAGGAACAUGAACACAAGCUGAAGGUGGUUCGAGACCAGAUCUCUCACUGCACAGUGAAAUUGCGUCAGACCACAGGUCUCAUGGAGUACUGCUUGGAGGUGAUUAAGGAGAAUGAUCCUAGUGGCUUUCUGCAGAUUUCCGAUGCCCUCAUAAGGAGGGUGCACCUGACUGAGGACCAGUGGGGCAAAGGCACGCUCACGCCCAGGAUGACCACGGACUUUGACCUGAGCCUGGACAACAGCCCUCUGCUGCAGUCCAUUCACCAGCUGGACUUCGUGCAGAUGAAAGCUUCCUCUCCAGUCCCAGCAACCCCCAUCCUCCAGCUGGAGGAGUGCUGCACCCACAACAACAGUGCUACGCUGUCCUGGAAACAGCCCCCUCUGUCCCCGGUACCCGCCGAAGGCUACAUUCUGGAGCUGGAUGACGGCAGUGGUGGUCAAUUCCGGGAAGUGUAUGUCGGAAAAGAGACAAUGUGCACUGUGGACGGCCUUCACUUCAACAGCACGUACAACGCGCGAGUCAAGGCCUUCAACAAAACGGGAGUCAGCCCGUACAGCAAGACCUUGGUCCUGCAGACGUCCGAGGGGCCCAGGGGCUGCUCAGUUAUGAAACCGCUCCCUGCCAGACAGGAAGACACGCAGGCCUUCAACCAGGACACAGAGGAAGACACAGAUUCAGAAGAACAGACCCUCCCUUUUCCAGUGCCUUCGGAAAGAUUGCCGCUCCGUAGAAUGAGCCCUUUCUCCUCCACCCUUAAUCUGCAACCCAGCUUUCCCGGGAGAUCCUACUUUGAUUUCCGAUCCUCACCCCACCAGAUGAGCUUGCACUCUUCCUUGCAGUCCCUCAAUGCACCGGGAUGCAAUUUUGAGACACAGUCUGCACCUUACUCUCAAUUAGUUGACAUUAAAAAGCUGUUGGCAGUGGCCUGGUUUGCUUUCGACCCUGGUUCAGCGCACUCCGACAUCAUCUUCUCCAAUGACAACCUGACAGUGACCUGCAGUAGCUACGACGACCGAGUGGUGCUGGGGAAGACCGGCUUCUCCAAGGGUGUCCACUACUGGGAGCUCACCAUAGAUCGCUAUGACAACCACCCCGACCCUGCCUUUGGCGUGGCUCGCAUGGAUGUGAUGAAGGAUGUGAUGUUAGGAAAGGACGACAAAGCUUGGGCAAUGUAUGUGGACAAUAACCGGAGCUGGUUCAUGCACAACAACUCGCACACCAACAGAACUGAGGGAGGGAUCACAAAAGGGGCCACAAUUGGGGUCCUCCUCGACUUAAACAGGAAAACCUUGACAUUUUUUAUCAACGACGAGCAGCAAGGUCCCAUAGCAUUUGAGAACGUGGAGGGUCUGUUCUUCCCUGCUGUCAGCCUGAACAGGAAUGUGCAGGUCACGUUGCACACUGGGCUCCCGGUUCCCGACUUCUACUCCAGCAGAGCAUCCAUUGCCUAAGGAUGGCCUGGGGGGCUCCAGCUGCCUGCUUCCUUGAACUAAGAGCUUGACAGGAAGGAGCUCCACCCACCAGCCCAUCAGGAGGCAGAGUUGGCAGGAGAAGGAGCAAGAGGAGAGAACUGCUGGUUCUCUGCCGACUUCACACCCACAGCCCGGCCCCUCUCCCUCCAGCCUCUCCACACUGUCAUGCCUGUGUUCCCAUCCACGUCCAGCACCUCGAACCAACCAAGGACCUACAGAGCCACAUCACUUUCUUCCUACCCCCACAUUAUGGUUUUAUUUCACUUACUCUUUUUUGUUAGGUGAGUUCAUUUCAUUUCUUUUCUGAUCAUGUUGUUGAUGAUGUACUGAACUGGCACUACCAAGAAUAAAUUCUCCUCUUAAGGUUUUCCUUAAGCUUUUGGUCAAAGAGGUUGUAGAGGAAGGUAGGGGAAAAGGAGUUGAAUCUGGAACUUAUAGUUUCCCUUCUAGAAGGUUUUGCCCAGAUGUCUCUCCCUGAGAGCUAAUCUUUGGUUGGUGAGCACAGUGAGUCUGGAAUGGGCAGGUUUUAUGACCCAUUGAAGCACAAAUUAUCAGCUACACAGGUUCUCACUAGGGUAGGAGUCAGUAAGCCAGGCAAGAAUCUCUGGCCGCUGGUGAGCUUGGAAAGGCUCUACAGAAAGCCAAAUCAGGAGACUUGCUGUUUGAUUCAUUUAUUUAGCACAGAAUUUUAAUUGAGAACAAUUAAAACAGGCACUGUUCUUGAUACAAGGACACUGUCCUAGGCAGUGCAGAAAGCUUCAGAUGAACAGAUGAGCAUCGUCUUGUCCUCCUGGAACUUACUGUGCAGUAGGAGAGCAAAGCAGAAAAUAACUACCUACAGAUAGCUAUGAGUACCAGAAAAGAAUUAUGAGGGUCAGAAAGGCUUCUUGGCUUCGUCUUUGACACUCCCUAGGAGGAUGCCAAAACCCACACAUUCUGGCCUUGGCACUGAAAAUGUACCAGCUCAUUCAUUGCCUUCUCAACUGUGUUAUUUUAAUUAUGGUCCCUGUUGCCACCCAUCCCAGGGCCCUUCUUUGAAAGAAACACCAUCAACAUUCUCACUCAUUGAUGCUGUGGUGAUACUAAGCCUUAAGUAAGUGGGUAUGGUUUAAAAAAUGGUGGCCCAAGGGCAGAGGACUCUUUCUCAGUGCCAGGAAUCUACAGCUGCAGCCCACUGCCUAUUCACACCCUCAGGACAAGCGUGCUGCUCUGUGUGUCCUGUCUGUACGUGUUACAAGCAAAACUCUAUCCUCUCUGCUGUCAUUCACAGCUGGAUUUUCCAGAGUAGUUUUAAGAACGCUGGAAGACCACAAGGCACUACGUCCUUCCUAGGACUGCUAGGAUAGUGUUUGCCAUUCCUGAAUGAUGCUUAUUACUUAGACUUGCCCUUCCCACUCUUCAGUCUCACAGGAAGUUUUAGAAAUUGUAGGAUCUGAGCAGGGGACAGUUCUAAUUAACUGUGUGUUUUCUAGUGAAACAAGAAAUUGUCAAUUUUUAAAAAAAAAAAGAGGGAGAAAGAAAACAAGAAUAGCAAAUACAAGGGAAGAGGUCGGAUGGGAAAGCUAGCAAAGUUUGGACAACAAUGGUCUAUGUAAAUAGCAAAUUAUUCACUUCUGUGCUUCCUUUAUUUCAAUGAUUUCUGUCAGUUGAGAAUUUUUUUUUCA